AUGUCUUCUCCUUCGCUUUCAUCUUUCUUUGCAAUUUCUAGUGAUUCAACUUUUCUUCUUAUCGUUGCCGGCCUUGUUACCUUGAUCUACCUUUCCGCUCGCAGAAUGUUCGGCCACGAUCCCCGCGAGCCGCCGCUGGCGCCCCAGUCGAUUCCUCUUAUCGGCCACAUGGUCGGGCUCUCCAAGAGCAGUUUCAACUACUAUAUCGACCUCAGCCACAAGACUGACGCGCCCAUCUUCACCAUGACCCUUCCGGGCCAGAAGAUGUAUGUGGUGACUAAACCGGAGCUCAUCCAGAUCGUGCAAAAACAGCACAAGACGCUCGCAUUCCCGCCCAUCGAGGCCAAGUUUGCGUCUAAGGUGUGUGGGGCCAGCCCUGAGGCCCAGGCUAUCCUGGACAAGAAUGUCAACGGUGAUGAGGGCGAUUUCGGUCUUUCAAUGGAGUCUUAUACCGCGAUGCGAGCUGCGCUCAAGCCCGGCUCGCAGCUUGACGACAUGAAUCGUGUCAUGAUUCAAGAAAUCACUAAAUCACUUGAUAUGUUGCAGCCAGCCAAGGGAGAGUCCAAACGGAUUGGCAUGAACACCUGGCUGAGGGAUGCCAUCACCACAGCUACCACCAGAUCUGUGUACGGUCCGAUGAAUCCGUAUGACAAUAAAGAAAUUGCGGACGCUUUCUGGGAAUUUGAAGGAGGUUUAAUGUCAAUUUUAGUCGGUUUCCUUCCCUCCAUCACUGCUCGUAAGCCUAUUGCGGCUCGAGCCAAGGUGGCGAAAGCUUUUGAGGCAUAUUUCAAAGCUGGAGGUGUGAAAAAUGCAUCGGUUCUAGCGCAAGCACGGUAUCAAGUAGAGGUUGAUAACAACGUUCCACUAGAAGAUAUCGCCCGUUACGAGGUUGGGGGCUCGAUUGCUAUCCUUGUAAACACGGCACCUGCAGCAUUCUGGGCUCUUUUUCUUCUACACUCGCACCCGGGCUUACUCGAGGAGAUCCGGAAAGAGGUUGAUGCUUUUACCGAAACGACGACUGAGAACGGGACGACCGUUAAAACUCUUGAUAUCACUACUCUCAAGGCAAACUGUCCUCUGCUUCUAUCGUCCUACCAGGAAGUCCUCCGCUAUUGCUCCAUGGGAACAUCAGUUCGCGAGGUGAUGGAAGACAUCUACCUCGACCGAUGGCUGCUAAAAAAAGGAGCCAUAUUACAGAUGCCGAGCCGCAUUAUUCACCAGGAUGCCAGCCUCUGGGGCUCCAGCGUCGCCGACUUCAAUCCACGCCGCUUUCUCCCCAAAGAAACUAAGAACCGCCCGCGCGACGUGUGUUUCCGUGCCUUUGGUGGUGGCAAGACGCUCUGUCCAGGCCGCCAUUUUGCGACCAAUGAAGUCCUUGCUGUAGUCGCCAUUUUCAUCUCGAGACUAGACAUGACGCCUGUAGGGGGAGCGUGGAAGUUUCCCACUACUGCAAAUACGAAUGUUGCUGCCGUUGUUAUGGAGCCGGAUGAUGAUAUUGAGGUCGAAAUCAAGGCGCGACAGGGUUUUGAAGAUACGAAAUGGGUAAUCAACCUUGACAAGUCGGACAAGAUUUUUGCCAUGGUGACUGAAGACAGCAACGAGGCUUGA